CUAGUUUCAUUUGAGAUAUCUUCAUUUGAUUGGACAUUGCUUCUAGUGUAGCAUAAGCUAAAUAUUUGCUGUCACUAUUGGAGGAACAAUGCGUUUCAGUUCAAAUGUAAAGCAGUUUGUUCUCCUUAUCAUUGUUGGAAUCUUCUUGCUUCUGGGGUAUGUGGUCUUCAACCACUUCAAUGAAAGGCAAAACAUGGUUUGGUUUGACACUUCCAAAAUACAUAUCCCAGUUGAUGAGGACCAGAGGAACACCAGCCUGAGCCCAUAUUCAGGAGCAGAGUACAGAACAUCGUCUCUCCGGAAAGGGGUGGAUGCUGCCUCGGGGGUGGUGAACACUACAGAGGAGGAGGUGGAAGGGGUGGACUCCCAGUCACCAUGCCCAGCCGGGUGGCAUCAGAAUGAGCAUCGCUGCUUCUCCUUCUACCCCGUCUGGGCCACCUGGGCCACUGCAGAGUCAUACUGCUCCCAGCACAGAGGGAACCUGGUGUCGGUUCACAGCCCUGGUCAACAGAUGUUUGUCCAGGAUCUGGUCAGGAGACACACAUACCAGCCGGUCUGGAUAGGAGGCUACGACGCAGCUCAGGAGGAGGUGUGGCUGUGGAGUGACGGCUCAGCUGUUGACCGUUUUUACUGGGAGGAGGAUGAGCCCAGUAACUCUGGACAGGGGGAGAACUGUAUGGAGCUACACACUGGAGAUCUGGUUUAGCAGCAUUACCAAGUCAGAAGAAAGCACAUGAGAGAGGUAGGAUUGUUUUGUCCCAUUGCUUAGGCUAGACAGAUCUAAAAGAUCAAGAAGUUUCUGAUGUCUGA